CUCUCUCUUUCUCUUUCUCUCUCUCUAACAAAAUAAUUAAAACCACUUUCUCAGUGUCCAAAGGCAAGCUCAGAGCAGCAAAGCAAAAGAAAAUAGGAAGAGAAAAGAGCCUUGUGGUGUGGGUUUAAAAUUUUCUUUUCUGGGUUUUCUUUGGUUGUUAAGAAUGAUGGUUGAAAAGGAAGAUCUUGGUUUGAGCUUGAGCUUGAGUUUUCCUCAGAUCAAUCGCCAUCAUCAUCAUCAUCAGAAGCUGAAUCUAGUGCCUACUUCCUUUGUUCCUUCCUCUGCUACUUCUUCUUCUUCGCCUUCCACUUCUGGCUUCAUCAGCAAUCUCCAGAAACCCUACUGGAAUGAGGCCUUCGCUUCUUCAGAUCGGAGCUCCGACAUGUGCCGAGUCGAGACCAGAUCGUUCCUUCGAGGAAUCGACGUGAACCGGGUGCCGGCGUCGGCUGCGGACUGCGAGGACGAGGCCGGCGUGUCUUCGCCGAACAGUACGGUCUCAAGCGUGAGCGGGAAGAGGAGCGAGAGAGAAGCCAUUAAUGGCGAUGAGAUCGAGAUCGAGAGAGCUAGCUCGCGAGGAAUCAGCGACGAGGAAGAUGGAGAGACUUCGAGAAAGAAGCUCAGGCUAUCCAAGGACCAGUCGGCCAUUUUGGAAGAGAGCUUCAAGGAGCACAACACGCUAAAUCCGAAACAAAAGCUUGCGUUGGCAAAGCAGCUCGGUCUCAGGCCUCGACAAGUGGAAGUGUGGUUUCAGAAUAGAAGGGCAAGGACCAAGCUGAAGCAGACCGAGGUUGAUUGCGAGUUCUUGAAGAGAUGCUGCGAGAAUCUGACAGAGGAGAAUAGGCGGUUGCAGAAGGAAGUUCAGGAGCUGAGAACACUGAAACUCUCCCCACAGUUUUACAUGCAGAUGGCCCCACCAACCACCCUCACCAUGUGCCCCUCAUGUGAGCGUGUCGCGGUCCCUCCACCCUCCACCGAGGGCCGGGCCCAGGCCCAUCAUGUCCCGAUGGGACCCGCCCACCCUCGUCCGAUACCUAUCGGUCCGUGGGCCGCCGCCGCUGCCCCGAUCCCGCACCGGCAGUUUGAGGCCCUCCGGCCUCGGUCUUGAAAUUAAUGGGGCGAAUGAGGGGCACUUUAGUCAAUUUACCACAUCCAAGCUCCUUAGCUUAGGAAAAAUAUCACAAGGAAAAGAAAAGUUGUGUGUAAUAGGGCACCAAUUGCAUGUGUUAAAAUUUCAGUGGGUCUAAGAUAUGGUUGUUGGAAUAUGAUUUGGUGGGUCUCUUAAGUUUUGUAUUAUUUGACCCAUCAUUCUCUUUUGUUGGGGGUUUGUCUCCUAUUUUUAGAUUAGUUUUUUUUUUUUUUUCUUUUUCUUUUGAUUACUAAUACUAGUGCUAAUAUGAUACUUUCUUCCUAACCUUGCAACAAAAAAUGUACCUGUUGGAGGGUUAUGGAAGAAGUAAUUUGAUUGUAAAUUAGUACAA